AUGUCUUGGUAUCAUGAUGUACUUGGCUUUACUGUUAUCAGUACUGCAACAGAUAUUAUCGUGAAUAAUUCGACAAGCAUGGGAAUAUUAUUGGGUCAAAUGUACGGACGUGAAAUGAAGCACGUAAAAAUGGGUCAUAUGACAGGAGGAAAUGGUAUCGGUCUCGAAUUUUUUCAGUUUAUCGAUCCACCUACUCAACGUCCGAAUAUUACCACAAAUACAAAUGAGCAGUUUGAGUAUACACGUGCUGGCUUUUUUCAUAUUUGUGUCACUGAUCCUAAUCCUGAAAGUCUUGUUCAACAAAUAGUCGAAACUGGUGGAAAACAACUUAGUCCUAUAUUAAGUAUCAUUCCUAAUGAAAUUUAUCAGGCUGUUUAUUGUCUAGAUCCAUUUGGUAAUCUUGUUGAGAUCAUGAGUGCGUCUUAUGAACAAACAUUAAGCAAUCGUGAUUCAAAAACAACAAGUAUCAGUUCAUCAGCUAGAAGAACUAUUUAG